UAUCCUGUCAAUGCAGCGGUCCAAGUGGACAUUAGCAAGAAUAAAGUGUUGCGGCAAAAUAGCUUGGCAAAAUACUCCGUUUUGGCGGUAGUAAUGGACCCUAACUGAGACAUCCAGUUUUCAGUAUAUAUUGGUGUACCCAUGAGCAGAUUGAGUUGGAAGCCUUGCUGUAAUGGUUCACUCACCAAUUCAUGCGAGGAAAAGGACCCCCUUUGACUUUUGAGAUUCAUCUGGCCCUUCGAAAGAGGGCAUGCCGUCAUUGGGAUUUCUGCCGAACCAGUGAAGUGAUCCGGCUACCUUAGCAAAAGGGGAACAAGAGGAAACUCGGGGAAUUUGUCUGGUCCUCGACGGGAGGUCGAAGGUCUUGGCUCACAACAUUAACAUAAUUUACACUCUGCCAGAUAACAGUUAUUAGCGGUUUUGACAGUCACGUAAAUUUGCGAGACCUGUCAGUAUAUGGGCCUAAGUUAACCGGCAAAACGGUGCAGAUUGACCCCGGAGUUUGCCCAUACAGCCGAUUUAGGAUAUCGAUACAUGACAGAUGUCUUGCUGCUUAAUCCGAAUUUAAAGCAAUAGCACAUUGAUAUCUCCGCACAAUUCCUCUGUGUAUGUGAAGCAGUAUUUUUCUUCACCAUAACCACAUUUCUUAGACCAAAAAUAAUUGACUUGACUCAUAUUUGCAUGCAAGCGAUGAAUUGCUUGCAGUUGCCUUUCCACUGCUAAAUCAGAAACAAAGUGGAUGCAAUCAAUUGCUCAUCAAUCGACCAAACCAAAAAGCACAACACAUUGUAAGGUGCACAGUUAAUAAGAUUCCACCCAGCAACGUUGUAAGCGACAUACCUAUGCACAGCUCACAAAAUGGGGAAAAUGCUAUCAAAGAUAUUUGGAAACAAGGAGAUGAGAAUACUGAUGCUUGGACUUGAUGCCGCGGGCAAGACCACCAUUCUUUAUAAACUGAAACUGGGACAGUCGGUCACCACGAUCCCGACCGUCGGUUUCAACGUGGAGACGGUCACGUACAAAAACGUGAAAUUCAACGUGUGGGACGUGGGCGGCCAGGACAAGAUCCGACCCUUGUGGCGACACUACUACACGGGGACACAGGGUCUCAUCUUCGUGGUGGACUGCGCCGACAGGGACCGCAUCGACGAGGCCCGACAGGAGCUCCACCGCAUCAUCAACGACCGGGAGAUGCGCGACGCCAUCAUCCUCAUAUUUGCCAACAAACAAGACCUUCCCGACGCGAUGAAGCCUCACGAGAUCCAGGAGAAGCUGGGUCUCACGCGCAUCCGAGACCGGAAUUGGUACGUGCAGCCCUCGUGCGCUACCACGGGAGAUGGACUCUAUGAGGGCCUGACGUGGCUGACGUCAAACUACAAAUCCUGACUGAAGUAGGAAGAGAGAAAAAAAAGAAUAAUAAAAAAAGUGAUUAACAUAACAUGACUUAUAAUGCAGAUAUUAUGUAACAAGAACUCUGGAAAUGAUUAUGAAUCCCAUGUAUUGUAUCAUUUUGUAUCAUAAUAACAACUAGAUCUAAUACGUUUCCAGGAGACUGGAUGAAUGGAUGGGUGGGUGGAUUAUGUUGGUCUUCAAUCUUAUCUGCUUUAUAGUAUGCUGACUGUCAUGAUUCCUGUGGCAUGAGCAAUAUGAUUAGUUGAUUGAUUAUGUGA